GCAGCACAGAAGGGAUGCAAAAGAGUUGUUUGUGCCUCAGGGGGAAAUGGUGGCCUGGCAGCAGCCUAUGCCGCUAGACUCCUUAAACUUCCUGCUACCAUUGUUCUUCCUACAACUACUCCUGCAUUUGUGGCAGAAAAACUCAGAGACCAGGAUGCAACCGUUGAGAUCCAUGGUAGUGUUUGGGAUGAAGCUAAUCAGUUUGCUCUUAAAAUUGCACAAGAUCCAGAUUGUUUGUAUGUCCAUCCAUUUGAUCACCCAGAUGUUUGGGAGGGACAUGAGUCACUGGUUGUAGAGGCCAAAGAACAGCUGCCGUCCCCUCCUGAUGUAGUGGUGGCCUCAGUCGGAGGUGGGGGCUUACUGUGUGGAGUCAUACAGGGUAUGGAGAAGGUAGGCUGGGGUCACAUCCCAGUGGUUUCUAUGGAGACUGUAGGGGCAGAUUGUCUGAAUGUGUCCUUGAGAGAGGACAAGAUCACCACCAUUCCAGCCAUCACAAGUGUUGCCAAAUGCCUUGGUGCUCUCACACCUUGUACUCAGAUAUUUGAUCUGUGUAAAAAAUACUCAGUGAUAUCCCAGCUCUGUACAGACAAACAGGCUAUAGAUGCAUGUCUGAAGUAUGCCGAUGAUCAUCGACAGUUAGUGGAGCCUGCUUGUGGUGCAAGUUUAGCAGCUGUGUACAGUGGCAUACUGAAGGACCUUCAAACUCGGGGAAAACUGGGUCAAGUUAAAUCUGCUUUGGUUGUUGUUUGUGGUGGAAGUGGAGUUACACUUGAUGCCCUAAAUAAGUGGAAAAUGGAAUUUGAACUCUGAUUAUUUAA